GACAAGGAUAAGGAUAAAGAUAAGGAUAAGGAGCGGGAGGCGCGCCGUGAAGGGGACCGUUCCUCCCGACGCCAUAGAUCGCGGUCUAAGGAGAGGUCUUCACGACGAGAGCGCGACAGAGAGGGUCGCGGAGAAGGUCGCGAAGAGCGCCGCAAACGAGAGGAGUCGCGCGAUCGGAACCGCUCGCGAUCUCCGAACCGAAGCAAAAUCAGUCGCCGGAAGAAGGAGUCGAACUACUGGGAUGUCCCGCCGCCCGGCUUUGAACACAUCAGUCCCGCCCAAUACAAGGCAAUGCAAGCCGCCGGACAGAUACCUACCACUCUAUUCGCGGCUCCCGGCACCGCACCCGUGCCUAUCGUCGGCAGUACUAUCACACGACAGGCCAGACGUCUAUAUGUCGGGAAUAUUCCGUUUGGUUGUAGUGAAGAGGAAAUGAUGGACUUUUUCAACGCGCAAAUGCAUGCCUGCGCUUUCAGUCAGGCACCGGGCAGUCCAGUGCUCGCCUGUCAGAUCAAUCUCGACAAGAACUUCGCUUUCCUCGAGUUCCGAUCGAUUGAUGAGACGACUCAAGCCAUGGCUUUCGAUGGCAUUAAUUUUAAAGGACAGUCGUUGAAGAUUCGUAGACCACAUGAUUAUCAGCCAAUGCCGGGAAUGAGUGAACAGCCACAGGCAACUGUUCCCGGAGUCAUAUCCACUGUUGUGAACGACUCGGCAUUUAAGAUAUUCAUCGGUGGUCUCCCUAAUUACCUGAAUGAAGAUCAAGUUAAAGAGCUAUUGAUGAGUUUCGGUCAGUUAAGAGCCUUUAAUUUGGUGAAAGACAGCGCCACCGGACUCUCCAAAGGAUACGCUUUUUGUGAAUACGCCGACACUCAGAUCACGGAUCAGGCGAUUGCGGGACUCAAUGGCAUGCAAUUGGGCGACAAGAAGUUGAUUGUCCAGAGGGCCAGUGUAGGCGCUAAGAGCGGGCCACUGGCCGCUGCUCUGUCCGGUGCCGCUGCCAUCUCAGCGCCCGUUCAGAUACAAGUGCCAGGCCUUCAAAACGUGUCCGGAGGUAUCGGUAAUCCCACCGAUGUCUUGUGUCUCAUGAAUAUGGUUGUGGCAGAAGAACUCAAUGAUGACGAAGAAUAUGAGGAUAUACUCGAAGAUAUUCGCGAAGAGUGCGCCAAAUACGGUGCCGUCAAGUCGUUGGAAAUUCCCCGACCUAUUGAAGACGUGGAAGUGCCCGGACUCGGGAAGGUUUUCAUUGAGUUUAAUAACCCGAUUGACUGCCAAAAAGCGCAACAAAGCCUAACGGGCCGUAAGUUUGCGAACCGAGUAGUCGUCACCUCCUUCUUCGAUCCCGACAAAUACCACAGAAGAGAGUUCUAACACACCUUUCGACCACUCAUUCAAUCAUUUAUUUCGUUAAUCGAUAAUUUAAGUAAUUAUUUUGAAUUCAUUUUUUACUCAUGAAAUGCUAAAUAUUUUGAGUUUUUCUUUAUAAGCAUGAUUUGUUUUAAUUGAAUAAAAUGACAAUUUAUUAUUUAAUUGCAAAA